AUGAGCAGCAGCAGCCUGACCUCCGGCAUCUCUGCCUCACCGUCUGCAGCGGCCAGCACUGCUCGCCACCGCCAUGACGGAGCGCCGCACCAGCUGAGGGUGAAGGCGGCGGUGCGGCCACAGCAGCAGCAGCUGCUGCACGGUGGUCGCCGGCAUACAAGGGGCAGCGCGGUGGUGGUGAGGGCCGGGCCUGGGCCGCUGUCGGAGAUCGAGCCGGACCUGGAGGAGGACGCCAUCGACGUGUAUCGCACCAACGGCAUCGCCCCGGAGGACUUCGUGUUCGGAAAGUACGAUGGACACCACACCUAUUUCGAAACCCAAGACAAGAAGGGCUUCUGGGAGGAUGUCUCCGAGUGGUACCAAGAAGCUGAGCCUCCUCAGGGCUUUCAAGCACUCAUCUCCUGGGCAUUUCCUCCUGCAAUCAUCCUUGGCAUGACUUUCAAUGUGCCGGGAGAGUACCUGUACAUCGGGGCAGCUGUCUUCAUCGUCGUGUUCUGCAUCUUCGAGAUGCGCAAGCCUGACAAGCCGCAUAACUUCGAGCCGGAGAUCUACAUGAUGGAGAGGUCGGCUCGCGACAAGCUCAUCGCCGACUACAACUCCAUGGACAUCUGGGACUUCAACGAGAAGUACGGCGAGCUCUGGGACUUCACCGUUAACCCCAGGGAUGACAUCGUCAAAUCAACCUAG